AACCUUUCAUCUCAUCAGAAUGACUAAGUCUUCGUCCCUUGCUCUCGCACUAGCUCUAGCUCUAGCUCUAGUCACAGUUGUUCAAAGCAUUCCCUUCGAUGAAAAGGACUUGGCGUCCGAGGAGAGCCUGUGGAGCUUGUACGAGAAAUGGAGGAGCCACCACACUGUGACUAGAGACCUCGACCAGAAGCACAAGAGGUUCAACGUGUUCAAGGAGAACGUCAAGUUCAUCCAUGAAUUCAACAAGAACAAGGACAAGCCGUACAAGCUUGCGCUCAAUAAGUUUGGGGACAUGACCAAUCAAGAAUUCAAAAGCACCUACGCGGGUUCUAAGAUCCAGCAUCAUAGGACGCAACGAGGGAGUUCGAAGGAUGUUGGCAGCUUUGUGUACGAAAAUGUCCGUAGUCUUCCUGCUUCAGUGGACUGGAGGGCGAAGGGUGCAGUUACUGGGAUCAAGGAUCAAGGCCAAUGUGGGAGCUGCUGGGCAUUCUCCACAGUGGUCGGAGUAGAAGGAAUCAACAAGAUCAAGACCAACGAGCUCGUUUCACUAUCGGAGCAACAGCUCAUCGACUGUGAUACCAGCUACAACCAGGGAUGUAACGGCGGCCUCAUGGACUAUGCCUACGACUACGUUCAGAAGAACGGUGGAUUAACUUCUGAGGAGUCUUAUCCUUACAUGGAGGAACAAGAAACUUGCUCUGAGAAAUCUCCUGUGGUUACAAUUGAUGGACACCAAGAUGUUCCUGCAAAUGAUGAAGUUGCGCUCAUGAAGGCUGUGGCGAACCAGCCUAUUUCGAUCGCUAUCGAAGCGAGUGGCAUGGCGUUCCAGUUCUACUCCGAGGGUGUUUUCACUGGCGACUGUGGAACUGAGCUAGACCACGGCGUUGGGCUCGUAGGUUACGGGGCAACACGCGACGGAACCAAGUAUUGGAUAGUGAAGAACUCGUGGGGAGAGAGCUGGGGAGAGAAGGGAUACGUUAGGAUGGAGAGAGGGAUCAAGGACAAGCGUGGGCUCUGCGGGAUUGCCAUGGAGGCAUCUUUCCCCAUCAAGACCUCUGCUAAUCCUAAGAUUAGUGGAAAAGAUGAGCUCUAAUUAAGAUGUUGGUUGUUUAUCGUAUUUGUUCCUUAAUUUGUGAAGAAGAAUGUAUGAGCUUUUUCCAUGAAGCCAUGUAUCUGUAACUUGUAUUGCGAUGUUUUAUGCUGAAUGAUUGUUAAUAUGAUAUGAAUAAAGUUGUGUUUUCUUUCACGA